AGCACAUAUUCAAAAUGGUUAUCGCAACUAAAUCCAAAGAUGGGUUAUAUCCUUUUGAAGCCUUCUUCUUGCCAGAGAAAUUUGUAAAAAAGGCUGAAGACGAACUCAAAGAAACUCAGGAAAGCAGGGAGGUUGGCCUGCAACAAUUACGUGAGCUUGUUUUAAGUGAUAAAGACCUUUCGUGUCGUACCACCGAUGAAUUUCUACUACAGUUUCUGAGGGCCAGAAAAUAUAAUGUACCAAAAGCUUUCAACCUCUUGAAGAAAUACAUGAACUUCAAGAGGAAAAAUGUCGCAAUAUUCACUGGUAUGAAUUACGACAUGCUUCUGAAACUCAUAAGCAAGAAAAUGAUGGGAUUCCUGCCCUACAGGUGUCCAGAUGGUUGCGCAGUACUGGCAGUGCACCUAGAUAAAUGGAGCCCCUCCGAAGUACCCAUUGAAGAGCUUAGCAGAGCCAUUGUACUUUUCCUUUACCAUUCCAUAUGCGAUCCACUAACCCAAGUCAACGGCUACAAAGUAAUUCUGGACGUCAGAAGCCAUCCUCUGAAGCACCUUCGGUUUUGUACGCCACACAACAUUUACCUCCUUUACAAUGGUACUCAGGAAUGCUUUCCCGGAAGAUUCAAGGGAAUUCACGUCAUAAAUAUGUCUCUUACCUUCAAAGCAGCUUGGACACUAGUGCACCCUUUCCUUUCAGAGAAACUGAAGAAACGAAUCAUUUUCCACGAGAACAACGACACUUUGCAACAACAUUUCCCCGAAAGCUUACUUCCAGUCGACUUUGGGGGACAAUUAAAGGAGUAUGACAACACAGCAUGGCUAAGAAAUGCUACGCAAAGUGAACAUUUAGAGAAGUUGGCUAAUUAGGGUGCUGGUUCGCUCUAACUUAUUUGUGAUAUUUUCAACGUUAUACAUUCCUCAGGAAAGGCCAAAACUUCUAGCAGAUAUGUUUCUUAUUGGUUUAAUGACAUUGAUUCAAACAAAUAUCAUCCUUCAUCUGACUAAUAGCGUAUAACUAUGCAUUUAUAACUCGUAUCUUAGAAUAUGUAUCUUAAAAGGCAUUUGAAUUCCAUCAAUUGUACAACUCAAAUAGGUAGCAUCAUCUACGAUUUUUUCAUCAGUUGAAACCGAUCUUUCUGUUCGACUAAAUCGAUGUUACAUGUGUCCCCAUGAACUUUAUCUCUACAUGAUAUCGUAAAUGUCUGCAACGCAAAUUUGAUUGCUAUUUAAUGAGAAUAUAUUCUUGACGAGUGACAAAAGACAGCUUAAAGUGUUGCAGAUUUAUGUAACAUUUGUAAGACAGAAUGUUGGUUUGACCUCAGAAUAAUCAUAUAAAACACAAUAACUUUCCUAGUUUCCACGAAGACUUCAACGACACAUUACGUUUGAAACCAUUUAAUAUUAAUGGAAGAGUAUUAAAUUGUAUAGCAAACAUGAAACGAUCUUCCUUCAAAGUACGCUACUUUAUCAGGUGGCGAAUAAAAGUAUAUUGUUCCUUAACUGCAUGCAAUGCUGAACUUUUUUUAUAUUUAUUAGAUAUUAAUCUUUCCAUUAAUUAACAGGAAAUAAAUAAAACUUUAAUCUCGGGGACAUUAUUUGAGGUUAAAAUAUUUCACCUUAAAAGCAAUGCAGCUGAUCUGAAUAAGUAAAAAUAGUUGUUAACGUAAUAUGAUUCGCAUAAAAAACUUUUCAAUUUUUAUAGGCUUGUAAUUUUCAGUAGCAAUAAGUGUUGAUUGACAACAUAUUUCAUAGAAAUAAUUAUUGUUAUUAGUAAUUUAGGGAUUGGAUACUUUGCUUUCCAAAUUUUUUGUUUCUCAUACAGUUUAAAACAUGAUGUUGGUGAAAUUUAAUUUUUACAAGUUCUGUCUAUUGCAUAUUUUAUUUAUUCACCUUUUGAAUUUUGUUUAUUUAAAUAUAAUUUUAUGCUAUGAAUAUAUAAAUAUUCCUGUCCUUCAAUAAUUUAAAGCAUUAUUGCAGUAUUCCAUAUUUAUGUUAAAUUUAUCAUUUUUAUACACAUCUAAACUUAGAUGUCCAUUUCUCAUUUUUAAUUUUGUUGUUCAUUAAGGAAAAAUAAAAUGUAUA